AUGCGUUUUAAGGACGUAGGAACGAGUGAAACGUUUCUAAAUGCAGUGGCAUUGACAAAAUCACAGGUUUUAAUCCAAUCGACGACUACGUUGCAUGAGUCUCAAGCGCCCAUUGUAUUAGUUGAUCAAUUAACAGUCGGAAGAGAAGAUAUCGAACCACUUGUGUAUGGAGAUGUCGCAGGAAUUCGACUCAAGAAAUGGCACGGGACAAUGAAGGAACGAGAUGGGUUUUUUACGACAAAUCCGCUUGAGAUUCAAAACCAAUUGAUAAUGGACGCAACGAGUGGCAAUGAAGUGAGAAGAAUUACACUUGUGCAAAGAGAGACGGGCGGGAAGGAAGCAGAUCCGUUUGUUUGUGUAUUGGCAGGAGAAGCAUUGGUAGGAAUGCAAAAGAUGAGCAAGAGACUCGUGGCUGUGAUGUUCCCAGAGACUCAGAUGUGGGUCAUUGCAGAGCUAGAGUUAGUCAAAGUGAAGAAAAACAUGAGGUCAAGUACAAGUGUGAUACUUACUGAGCCGACCACUGCAAGAAAUAGUAGCGACGAAAAACAGACACAGGGAGAACAUGACGAUCUUGUUAAGCGCAUGGCGAGUUUGUCUCGUAUGGGUAGUGAGACGUCAGGGCUGAUGGCAAGUGUGAUAACUAAAACGGACACCCGUUCAUCGAUUGAACAAAGUAGCGAGACUGAUACACCGCUUCAGCGAGUGUCUUCCAACGGGCACCUAUCGGCAGACCCUCCAGCAGGAUACGUUCCUGUGCUUUUAGCGGGGCUUCAACUUCCUGGGGAAAGGCCAGGAUCGUUCCGUAACUUGCGAAACGAAGUGCAGGCAACGAUGCAUUCCGAGACAGCCUUGCCUUCGACAACGUCGCUCGCUGCAAAAGCGAUCGAGCCGCUGAAGCAAACGUCCGCCACAACUCAUGUGGACGCGGAUGGUGGCUCAAAGAUGGCGCCGUUAUCUAACGCAAUAGAGCGUUUAAUGAAAGAGCAGUCGGAUCUAGCUCGGCUUCGUGAUCAGCUGGAAGAAAGCAAGCGCAAGCUGCGAUUCGAAGACACAAGCGCAAGUGAAGAUGCGGUGAGACCUUCACCGUCAUCUAGCGGGGUUCACGGCCACACUGCACACUUUACAGAGUCCAAGCCGGCGGCAGAAAAGCAAGCCGCUUCCUUUGUACCCUCGUCAUAUGCGCUACUGGGCGCAAAUGCAGCGUCAGCUGAGACCACAUCUUCAUAUGCGGCAACAACUAGCCAGUGGACUCCGUCGAAAUUGGAUUUGAUGCCGUCUUCAUUGGUUCGUUCCUUCCAUCCACCUCCAGCUCUUCCUCCAGCUCCAUUCUCGUCGUCAAUCACGACCUUGACAAAUCCAUCGUUUCCGCCUUACUCAUUAACCCCAGGAGUACCAGGGUCAGGAUCGUUGCCUGAUGUUGAAAGCGGUGUUAUUCGUUUGCAGCGAUCAUCCACGUCAAUCGAGUCCACACUGCAAGAUUUACACUUGAAGGUAGAUCGAUUGUUGAAUGUGCAAAACUCGAUGAAAUCGACUAAGUUUGUAGGCAGCUCAAGCAAAUACGGCGUCAGCACGUCAUUCUCGCCAGGUUCAUCCUCUAUGGCGUCUUCAUCAUCGUCGAUGCUGCUCAAAAGUUUGGAAAAGGCCCUUGCCCAGCGCGACCAGCUCCAGGAAGCAAACAAUUGGCUCAAGGACGCAAAUAGCGAACUUGAGUCAAGUGUUGAGGAUCUGCAAAAUCGUCACGAAUCUCUUCAGGCGGAGAACCGAACGCUGUUGGACAAAUUACAAAACGGCAAUCGUUUGCAACAAGAAAAGUUUUGCUCGGAAAUGCGUAGUGUUCAGCAACAGCUUAGUCACACUCAAGAGCAAAUGUUGGUGUACCAGGAAGAAAAUUUUCAAAUGCGAGCGCAGCUUGCUGCAAAGGACGAGCAGCUUGCAAAGGAGAAGUCAAAGCUACAUGAAGAGACACAGAAACAGCUCGGGCAUCUCCAGCGACAGGUUGAAGACGAAGUUCGACAAGGCUCAAAGGAUGCAAAUGAAAGAAUAGCGGCUGAAAAGGCCGCACUGGAGGCACAAGUUGCCGAGUUACGUGCGCAGAAGAAGCAGUGGGAUGUUGAGCGUGAUAUGAUGAACGAUCGGUUGAGUCAAGCUCAGAGCCAGCAGCUUCAAUAUCAGGAUGACUCUGUAAAAUCCCAAGCUGCUCAAAACUCGCGCAUUCAGGAGCUAACAGCUCGAGUGCAUCAACUUGAGAGUGAAUCUCGAGGAUUGAAAGAGCAAGUUGAAGGGUAUUAUUCUGAAGCACAGCAUUUAGAGGAGCUGCUAGCGUCCAAGGAGCAAGAAAUGGUCCAGUUGCAGUCGACAAGACACGAAGAAGAGUAUGCGGCACUAAGUGAGCUGUUUAAGGAGUUUAUGAACGAUAUCUACUUCCACUUUCAAGAUGCUUUCGACGAAGAGACUGAGUUUACGGGGAAAGAAAUCGUGAUGGCCAUUCGAAAGAUUCUCAAACAAAACACGAUGGGUAUUCUCGCGAAACUGGAGGAAUUUUAUCAAGAACAAGCACAACAUCGGCAGUAG